AUGGAUACACCUUUCGACGAAUGGAGCACACACAACGUUCCCAUCUCAUCGAGUUCGGUCUUGCCCUUGGCUUCAAGUCCACCAGCAGCCUGUGACUCAGACAGUAAUAGUGCUGAUCUCAAUGGACGCAUUAGAAAAGAGCCACUUAAGCGAGGGAGGCACGGCGAGACGUGGAAGGGGAGCAUGACAAGGGAGUCUGGUCCUAGGCAACAGGUGGCAAUUAAGGUUAUCAAACUGAAACCCGUACGGGGUGAAGAGUCCAUGCCGCUGAUCCAGCUAGACUCUGUCGCAGACGUGAAAGUUCCACUCCAGGAGUUUCUCGAGUACGCUCGCGAGCGAAAGCUUAUCAGACACAAGAGUAUCGAACCCUUCCUUGGAGUAUGCGCAGACCUCCAGUUCGGUUCCGCAGCACCUUCCUCGAUAUCGCCGUGGCACGAACUCGGGGAUCAUCGAGCCCGCAAGGCAGAACAGCUCGCAGAAGCCUUGCACUUCCUGCACUCCCGCGACAUCGUACACGGCAACCUCGUGCCCUCUAACACCCUCAUCGGCCCCUUCUACCGCGUCUGCAUCACCGAUUAG